AUCACAGUUAAAUUGUUCCAUUUGGGGCAACAACUGGUUCCUGGCCUGGCCAUUCCAUGCUUUUCUGGUGUAGGAUCAUGGCCUCAGCCUCAGACGGAGAUCCUGGUUUGCCGGGUGAGGAAGGUGUGCAGGGACCAAAGGGGCACCCAGGACCAGAAGGGUCCAAACGGUCCUCCUGGAAGCGGAGUGAUGACUUGCCAGGUGAUCAAGUACGUCAGAGACAACUGUGCUUGUUCACACGGUGAGUCACAGUGUCCGGUCUACCCCACUGAGCUGGUGUUCGGCUUGGACAUGUCUGACGACGUGACUCCGACGGCCUUCGAGAGGCAGCGCUCCGCCCUCCUCCACCUGCUGGAGGACUUGAGCAUCGCUGAGAACAACUGUCCACAAGGCGCUCGUGUGGCUGUGGUUGGAUACAGCGCCUACACCAAGUACCUGAUCCGCUUCCAGGACCACCAUCGCAAGACUCCGCUGAUAGAAGCUGUGAAGAACAUCGCCCUAGAGAAGACGUCCAACAAACGCCAGCUGGGCGCCGCCAUGCGCUUUGUGGGUCAGAACAUCUUCAAACGAGUGCGAGCUGGCUUCAUGGUGAGGAAGGUGGCCGUCUUUUUCACCAAUGGGGCGUCCCAGGACAUCGAUGCCAUUCUUGCUGCCAUUAUGGAGUACCGGGCUCUUAACAUUGUCCCAGCAAUCAUCUCCCCGAGGAACGUUCCCGCGAUUAAUCAGGCGAUGGAGGCUGACGACACAGGAAACUCCAUCUUCACGGUGCUGAGGAGGCCACAGGAGCCGGCUGCUGACCUGAGGAGGGUCAAGAACUGUGCCAUCUGUUAUGACCCCUGCAGGCGUGCAGAGGAGUGCGCCUUCAUCCAGGAACCAGCGGCGCCUCAGCAGGUGGAUGUGGACCUGGUCAUGGUGCUGGACAGCUCCAGGGAGAUCCAGGCCGAUGAAUACACCGGUGCCCAGCAGCUGCUGAGCUCUGUGGUGGAGCAGCUGGCCGUGAGUCCACAGCCCCGCCGCCAGGCCCGAGUAGCUCUGGUCCAACAGAGCACCAAGGUGGAGUUCGGCCUGCAGACCUACCAGAACGGUGAAGACGUACAUGAUGCAGAACAUGCAGCAGCAGGGCGGCUCUUUGGCACUGGGACAGAUGCUGGACUACACCCUGAGGGAGGUGCUGCUGAAGGCCGGCCAGCCGCGCAGCAAGAGGGCCGUCCUGACUGUGGUGGGCACCAAGACGGCCUACAGGGACCAGGCCAAGCUGCGCUACAUCUCCCAGAAGGCCAAGUGUGAGGGGGUGGCGCUGUUUGUGGUGGCGGUGGGUGAUCGUUAUAAACGCAGGGAGGUGGAGGAGCUGGCCAGCGUGCCGACACAGCAGCACCUGAUCAGAUUCAACAGGCUGAAGGCCGACGAGCAGGGCUACGCCCAACGCUUCAUCCGAGUC